AAAUACAAUGAUUACACAUACAAUUCAGGUUCGUUUGCAGUCGGGGAAAGAUGCAGUCUAGUAAGGGAAAAGUAGACGAUCGAUAUGGCAGGUCAGCCAGUUACAGGGUGGCUGUCACUACCAAUGUUUCAAAUGAUGAGAGAAAACCUGAUGGAAAAUCAGAAAAAAGGAAGAGAAAUAAAGGAAAGCCUGAUCUGGAGGACCUCAAGCAAGAAGUUCAAAUGGAUCAACAUAAGAUCCCAAUUGAAGAAUUACUGGCCAGACUGAAUACCAGCACUGAAAAGGGUCUUACUUCACAACAAUCCAGGGAAGUUUAUGAACGGGAUGGUCCUAAUGCUCUUAGCCCACCCAGAACAACUCCUGAAUGGUUAAAGUUCUGUAAGCAACUCUUUGGUGGGUUUGCCAUGUUGUUAUGGAUAGGUGCCAUUUUAUGCUUUAUUGCAUAUUCAAUUCAAGCAGGUACCUAUGAGGAACCACCUGAUGAUAAUUUAUAUUUAGGUAUUGUAUUAGCUGCUGUGGUAAUUGUUACUGGAUGUUUCUCAUAUUAUCAAGAAGCCCGUAGCUCUAGGAUUAUGGAAUCUUUCAAAAGCAUGGUACCUCAAGUAAGUAUGCAUCUCCUUUUUUUUACUUAA